GGCCUCUAGGUGCAGCUCCUUCCUGGAGAAGCCCCGCCCUUUCUCACUUUCACCAUAAAGCCGGGUCCUGGGUGCUGAGCCGGGGAUCCUAGGGGCGCCUCUCUGGAAAGGAUUUCUGUGAGGCUUUCUGUGAGCUCCCGUUUAUCAAAAUGGUGAAGACUAAGAGCUGGACCCUGAAGAAGCACUUUGAAGGCUUCCCUACUAACAGCAACUUUGAGUUGAAGACUACUGAGCUCCCACCCUUAAAAAAUGGAGAGGUCCUCCUUGAAGCCCUGUUCCUCUCUGUGGAUCCUUACAUGAGAAUUGCAUCGAAAAGAUUGAAGGAGGGUGAUAGGCUGAUGGGUGAGCAGGUGGCAAGAGUUGUGGAAAGUAAAAACUCAGCCUUCCCAACAGGAACUAUUGUGGUGGCUUUGUUAGGCUGGACAUCACACUCCAUCUCUGAUGGCAACGGACUGAGAAAGCUGCCUGCAGAGUGGCCCAACAAGUUACCACUGUCUUUGGCUUUGGGGACAAUUGGCAUGCCAGGCCUAACUGCCUACUUUGGCCUGCUUGAAAUCUGUGGCGUGAAGGGCGGAGAAACAGUGAUAGUUAACGCAGCAGCAGGAGCCGUGGGCUCUGUUGUGGGGCAGAUAGCUAAGCUCAAGGGCUGCAAAGUUGUUGGUGCUGCGGGGUCUGAUGAAAAGGUUGCCCAUCUUAAAAAGCUUGGCUUUGAUGUUGCCUUUAACUACAAAACAGUAGAAUCUUUGGAAGAAACUUUGAAAAAAGCCUCUCCUGAUGGUUAUGAUUGCUAUUUUGAUAAUGUAGGUGGAGAAUUUUCAAAUACUGUUAUAUCCCAGAUGAAGACAUUUGGAAGAAUUGCGAUCUGUGGGGCCAUCUCUCAGUACAACCGCACUGGUCCAUAUCCCCAAGGCCCACCCCCAGAAAUCAUUAUCUAUCAGCAACUGCGGAUGGAGGGGUUCAUCUGCACCCGCUGGCAAGGAGAUGUCCGCCAGAAAGCUCUGACAGACUUGAUGAAUUGGGUCUCAGAGGGUAAAAUCCAGUAUCAUGAAUACGUCAUUGAAGGAUUUGAAAACAUGCCAGCAGCGUUUAUGGGAAUGUUGAAAGGAGAAAAUCUGGGGAAGGCAAUAGUGAAAGCAUGAAGAAAAAAACGACAGGUGGAUCAUCACUGGCUGAUUGGCUUUUUACCAUUUAGUACAAAUGUACACUGCCUUAAUUAUCUACAACUAGUAACGGCAAUGGAUUUGACCUGCCUGAUAAAACACACUUGUGAUAACCUGGGAUACAGAAUGAAAAUUUCAUGACAAAUAACCAGUCACUUUUCUACCCACUUCACCUCCUCUGAAGCUAUUGGCGUCUGUUCUCCUUUCAUUUCCUACUGCUUUGAUAACACGCUUUGAUCAAAGACAACUUAGAGGAGGAAAAGAUUUAUUUGACUUACACUUCCAGGUCACAGUCCAUCAAUGAGGGAUAUCAGGGCAGGAACUUGAAGACAGGUCUGCUUGCCAUUGCAGCUAGCGUUAGCUUUAUCCGGGGACCUCACAGUCAAGGAAGUACUAUAGAAACCAUGGGGAACUCGGCUUGAUAGCUGGCCGGUACAGGCUGGUGCUCAGCUAGCUUUCUUAUAGCCCAGGACCACCUGCCCAGGAAUGGUACUGCCCACAGUGGUAUUAACAACAGUCUCCCACAGACAUGCCCAUAGGCCAAUCUAAUCUAUGGAAUUCCUCAAUUCAGGCUCUCAGGAGAUUUCUAGGUUGUACUGAGUUGACAGUUAAAGCUAACAAGGACAGUGUCCAAAGGUUUACUACCUCUGUGAGCUCAGAUUUCUGAUUUUUGCUAUAAAGUGAGCUAACUCAAUGCAACAACUGGUGAAUUUGAAGUCAUGAGAUUUUCCACCCCAAUUGCUUAUGAUGAUACCAGGAAAAAACCUCAAAUAUUGCUGAUGCAUUGGGGGAGGGGGGCUCACUGUCAGCCCACACUGCUGCUCUUUUCAUGAGGUUGAUGCCAAAUUAACAGACCAAGGAAGGAACCUGUCAUUCGCAACUGGAAAAUAGGUGACACCUGGGAGCACUUAUUUACACACCUACAAAAAUACACAAGAUUUAAAUCUUUAAAAUAGGAUUAGGAGUACAAAAGAUAUGGAUAUAAAAGAUUGGAUGCUCUUGGAUGGAGAUUCAGUAUCAGAAAGAUGUCAAUUCUGUCAGUCAAUUAUGCUGUCAGAGAGGGAAGGGUUAAAUAAAACUAGUACAGUGACACAAUGGGGCAAAAAGUAUGUCCGUAUAGAAACUGGAAAUCUAUGAACUACUAAUAUGGUUUGUCUUCAAAGAAUAAAAGUGAAGUGUUGGUGAGA